CCUCACGAAUGUAAUAAAUACUUGCAUUUUCAUGCUGUUCAACCCAAAGGACCCACUUCACUUGUCUCUGAACUUUUUAAAACAGCUACGCUUCACGAACCCGUCACCUACUUCUAAAACCCUCCUGCACACACCGCUCAACAAACCGCCUCUUGUGAAAGAAUGCAGGGAGUGGUGGUGGGGAGAAACAUCAAUUUUUUUUUUAGCGUUACGUUUCAGAUCUUUUUAGAAGAAUCAGCCGCGGCCACGGCUUAUCACCGCUGAAAUAAGGACCCGAUGAAAGUGCGGUCUUGCCCUGUCGCCCGAGCGAAGGGUCGGCUCAGCAGCCCGCUCGCCGCCCAGCUGCAGCAGUUUGUUUAUCCCGCCAGUGGCCCAUGCUGCUCCAUUGCUGUGCACGAGAAUACGAGGAGUGGAGCGUGCCGCCGCGCAGGCGCCUUGCAUUGUUUUGACUGAAAAUGCCGUCGGUUUCGAAAACGGCGGCGAGCGCUUCUCCUCAAACCGAGAAACCAACCCACUACACCUAUUUAAAGGAGUUCAGGACGGAGCAAUGCCCUCUUUUCUUACAACACAAGUGCACCCAGCAUAGACCGUUCACUUGUUUCCACUGGCAUUUCCUAAACCAGCGGCGGAGGAGACCUAUCAGGAGACGGGAUGGGACUUUUAACUACAGCCCCGAUGUUUAUUGUACAAAAUACGACGAAACUACAGGCAUCUGCCCGGACGGAGACGACUGCCCUUACCUGCACCGCACUACGGGCGACACGGAGCGGAAGUACCACCUGCGCUACUACAAGACGGGCACGUGCAUCCACGAGACGGACGCCCGGGGACACUGCGCGAAGAACGGCCUCCACUGCGCCUUCGCCCACGGCCCCCACGACCUGCGGCCGCCGGUGUACGACAUCAGAGAAAUCCAGGCACAGGAGGCGCUUCAGAAUGGGCAGCUGGGGGCGGGGGAGGGCAUCCCUGAUCUCCAGCCUGGAGUCCUGGCGAGCCAGGCCAUGAUCGAAAAGACGCUCACCGAGGACCCCAGGUGGCAGGAUACCAACUUUGUUCUUGCUAACUACAAGACAGACCAGUGCACCAAGCCCCCCCGUCUCUGCAGACAAGGGUACGCCUGUCCACAUUACCACAACAGCCGGGACCGCCGACGAAAUCCGAGGAAAUUCAAGUACAGGUCCACUCCCUGUCCCAACGUGAAGCAUGGAGACGAGUGGGGUGAACCUUCGAAGUGCGACAGUGGCGACAGCUGUCAGUAUUGCCAUUCACGCACAGAGCAGCAGUUCCACCCAGAGAUUUACAAAUCCACAAAAUGCAAUGAUAUGCGCCAGACAGGAUAUUGCCCUCGAGGACCGUUCUGUGCAUUUGCCCAUGUGGAAAGAAUCCCUUCCGCCGAGGAGGCGAUGAACACGCUGCUCACUGUGAUGCACCCGGGGUCCCAGGCGAAAGCGGGGUCCCAGCCGUUCUCCGAGUGUCCGGGCCCCGACUGGGGGAGCGGCGCCAACUCCGCCGGCAGCGCGGCCAACAGCAGUGGUCAAACAGGGAAUGUUUCAUGCUCUAGUAGUCCAACAGUAACCUCAAGCUCAGGAAGCAACAGUUCAUUGUCCCCAAUCGGACCCAUCAGCAGGCCUAAAAGCUUUACUAACGGUAGCUUAUGUUCAGAAUCCACCACGUCCAAUGUUUCGUCUCCAACGUCUAACUAUCCCAAAGCUCCGGGGUUUGAACGUGAGGAUCAGGCGAAAAAUCUGAAGAGCCACCCAGUGGAUGGUAUUCAAAAACCAGUGGACCAAGAGAAGCAGAACCUCAUUAGUGUUUUUUCAGCGGUCAACCCGCUGGCGUCCAGUAUAACAUCCAGUAUAACGUCAAGCCUGGCCUCCAGCAUCGGCUCCGACAGCUCGUCCCCAACCACUCUGUCCACAAUGAACGCGAAAGCAACCCCCUUCUACCCUGGCAGCAACACAGUGGAAUCGGUGAUCGGUUCUGCACUUGACCUGAACUUUGGCGACAUUAACGUCACUCUUGAUAAGGAACUGGAAGAAGAAGAGAAUAGUGAUCUUGGCUUAACAAGUCAGAGGUUGUUAGGAGGCUCAGCCCCUGUCAAUAUUCCUGGCUCCCUUGCUCGCUCUUCCUCGCUGCAUUCUUCCUCCUCGCUCUCUGCCUCUCCGCUGAGCUCGUUGUCUCAGUCCCUCUCUCAGUCCGUCCUGUCCUCGGCAAUGGCACCCCAGCAGAGUCAGCCCCAGGCCCAGCCAGCCAAGGCAGAGCACAGCCUUCUGGGAACUUCGGCCUCCUCCCAGAAUUCCCUGGGUUUAAACGGAGGCGCUGGCAGCAUCUGGGACUUCGUCAGCGGGAGCUUCUCUCCCAGCCCGUCGCCGGGGUUCAGCACCAUCGCCUCGGCAACCGCCUCCAGCGGGGCCGACCUCGCCCGGUUACGGAGAGAGCUGGACGACGCCAAGAGGAAGAUCAAGCAGUGGGAAGAUUCUUGGCAGCAGGUUAAACAGGCUUGCGACGCCUGGCAGAAGGAGGCCCAGGAAGCGAAGGACCAGGCGAAGGCGGCUGAGGCCGAGCGGCAGCUGGCCUUCCAGAAGAGAGACGAUGCGGAGCGCAGACUUAAGCAACUGCAGGAGGACUUCACCGCCGUGUGCCCCUCUCCCAGCGUACCCCUCCUGCGCAGCUGCGGGGACAUCGACCAGCUGCCUUUACCAAAGCUUCACUCCAUUCAGAGCCAGCUGCGGGCCGAUCUGGAGCUCAUCGACGGGGUAAUAUAUCAGCUUCAGUCAAAGAAAUGUAUAGUGUGCCAAAAGCUGGAUCGCAGCGUCGUGUUACAGCCUUGUCAACACUAUGUGCUUUGUGAGAACUGCGCACCGAGCAAAACAGAAUGUCCUUACUGUAAGACAAAAAUACUGAAGUGGUGAUGUGGAAAUCUCCAAGGUACAAUUCCUGGAUCUAGCCCUUUGAAGAACUAAUAAUAUGCUAACAGUUUAAAUACAGCAUUUUGUGUUUUUCAGUAUUUCUUAUAGUGUUUGAAUUAAUAGUUAUAUUAGAAAUUAUUAAUGGUGUUUGACUGGUACUUUCUGACUGUUUUUUUCAGGAGACCUGCCAAGAUUCUUUCUUUGUCAACAAACUUAAAAUUUCAAGACGUAUUCAUAUUUUUCCCUGCAGUUAAUUUUUAAAUAUUUCAAUUCGUAUUAUCCCAACCUCACAGCCCUCUUUAAGGCUCUUAAUGUUUGCAGAAUUAAGAAUGUUUAAGAAUUAAGAAAAGUAUCAGUCAAACACUAUUACUGCUACUAGACAUGUGAAGAGACUCAUUUCUUGUAAAAGCACUUUGUUGACCUGGGGAUUUGUUUAAGGUUACUUUAGAAAAUUGCUUUAAGCUGCUUUGUAGGAUUUUUUCAUUUUUUUUCUAAAUAUACUAUUAUAUGAAGCUUUUUUGUUUGUGUACUGUGAAACAUAAUAGAAUAUUUCAUAUUCAAUUUCUUACUGUUAAAUCCUGGUAUAGUAAAUAUAUUGUUAAAAAUUUCAUAUUCUAAAAAUAGUACUUAAUAAAUAUUAAUAUUAGUAUUGUUGAACUUGCUUAGGAUUUUUACAUUUUUGAAUCAAAACAGAAAUUAAGUGCAAACUUUUAAUGCUUACAAGCAUAACCAGCAGUUAUAGUAAUAUCAUAAAGGCACAUAUGCUAAAGCAUUUAGGAAAUCAAUUGCCAUUUUAAUUUUUUGUGUUUUUUAAUAUGUUUUGAUGUUGGAGGAACCAACUUCUAACAGUUACAGUACCAUAACCAAACGGUCCUGUGGUAAUUUGCAACUGUUUGUUUCAUAGAGAAUUGGUUUUGUAUGACUCCUAGCCUCUUGAAACUGUUAUGAACAGACCUGAUACUUGGCCACUUGCUCUCUUAAGUGCCUUGCCUCAGAAAAUCUCAGCAUUUGUGAGCAAUUCAAGAUUGUAGUAAAACAAAUGGCUACAGGUGAUUAAAAGGCUUGUGCAAAUUUUGAUUAGAAAUAUCAUUUUUGGAGGGGGGGAUGAGUAAUGUAGGCUGAUCUACUGAGCUCUUUGAAAUCCUCCUUUCUAAUUCCAGACUGGUCCAUGUGAGAAUAUUGCUAAUGUCAGUGCUUGAGGCCUGACAACAAGCUCACAGCUCCUGUCCCCAGUUCUCUGGUCUGAUGAGCAAUGGUGCUUUUUUUAGUGCUUUUAUUUGGUGUAGCUAUAGUAUCGAUUCAAAUUGUUGACCAUCUUUAAUUUUACGUGGUUAGGAGUAUGCAAUUCAGGAAAAAAUAUCUUUCCAUGUUCAUGUAAAAACAACUGGCACUGUUCUUUUUUUGAUAUGGGGGGGAAAAAGAAUUCUGUACUGUCUUUACAGGGGAAAUCAAUGUGUAUUCUGUUCAGUCUGUGUUGUCAAAUACGACCGUGUAAUGUGCUUAGGUUUAAACUAAUUUAAAUGACCUACUACUGUGUUCACAAACAAGGUAUUUGUGUUCAUAUUUCUUUAUUCUGUAUAGCUUGGUCCUUUAAUAUUUACAGCAAAGAUUAUGUUCAGCAGAAAGGAAAUAGUUUCACUCACAACCCUGAGAAGUAUAUUGAUGUAUAAGAAACAAAAUGGCAGACAUGUUCAUUUGCAUGCCAGACAGAAUUGCAUUGGCCAGCUAAUUCUCUGGAUAGGGGUCCGUUUCAUUGCACAGUAAAAAACAUCAGUAAAAUACACACAAAAACAUAAGUCAUACAUUAGUGGAGGAAUAGUGGUGUUUACAGUGUGUGUGUGAAAUGCAGUAAGUGUUAGAUGCAUUUCUUAAUCUGAUUUCACAUGUUAUUUUAGGAACUUUCCAUGCUUUUUCAAAUCUGCAAAUACAGCAACUUAUACACCUGAAAUCUUCAGAUGUACCAAAAGUAAGACUCGUUGUGAACUAUGUUAAAACAGUUUAAACAAAAAGCUUGCACUAGGCCAGCCUUACAGGGUUCAGUAUUGCAAGGUGUGGACUAGUGAAUGCUUUUAAGCACAGAAAGCCCCCUUCCAAUAUGGAUUGCUAGUUUUUGGGGAAAGACUGUGCUUACAGCCCACAAUAGGGUCAUAUAUUCCUUGCAUCAGAUGAGACCCCUUAAUCCCUCUUCUGGGUCUUAUAUAAUUUAAAGUUUCAGUAUUAACAUCUUCUCCAAAUUCUCUCUUCUUGAAAUUUCAGAUGUUUCUCAACAGGUGACUUAAAUUAACAUGACUAAUGCAUAGUAAUUGUUGACUAAUACACAGUCAUUUUUUAACAUACCAAAGUGCUGUCGCCUGUAUUUUAUUCACAGUGUUGCUCUCAAAACGUGUAAGAAAUGUCAAAAAGUAGCAGUAUUACAGGGAGCCCUCCUGUUUAAUGUUAAUGAGGGGGGAGGGAGAAAACUAUUCUAUCUGCCUUUGCUGACGAUAUUAAUGGACUCUUUAGACCACGUUUUGUAGGUUUUUUUGCCAAAGACCUUUCCUGUUCUAGAGUUGUUCUUUUUGUAAUUUUAUUUUAAUUUUUAACAUUCUAAGCAAGAAAACAGCUAGAAACCAGAUUUUUGAGAAAUGACCAAACUUUGUUCAAAUUUAACUUGUGUAUUUAUCAGAUCCUGUAAAACAGAAAUGUAAAAUGUAAACUGUAUCAUUCAAUUCAGGACGACGUCUUGUGGUAGAUAUAAGGAAUGCACAAGUUUUUUUUUUAAAUAAAUCAUAACUGUUUGAACUGGCA